CCCCCGGCCCGCCCCCUACUGCUGGCUCCGGGAGGCGGGGACGCCGCGCGGCUUCGCCAGUCGCGUCUUUCUCGCUCACUGGGGAGCCCGGCGGUGGCGGCACCUUUCGAGGCUGAGCCGCUGAGCUUCGAGCCUGCGGGCUAGUCAGAAAGACAGAAGUCGAAGGGACUGACGGCGGAGCCGACAGACGCACGGACAGCGGACAGGCAGACGGCCCGAGCCGCCCAAGUUCCGCCAUGAGUUGGGGCACGGAGCUGUGGGAUCAGUUCGACAGUUUAGACAAGCAUACACAAUGGGGAAUUGACUUCUUGGAAAGAUACGCCAAAUUUGUUAAAGAGAGAAUAGAAAUUGAACAGAACUAUGCAAAACAAUUGAGAAAUUUGGUUAAGAAGUACUGUCCCAAACGGUCAUCCAAAGAUGAAGAGCCAAGGUUUACCUCGUGUAUAGCCUUUUUUAACAUCCUUAAUGAGUUAAAUGACUAUGCAGGACAGCGAGAGGUAGUAGCAGAAGAAAUGGCACACAGAGUGUAUGGUGAAUUAAUGAGAUACGCUCAUGAUCUGAAAACUGAAAGAAAAAUGCAUCUCCAAGAAGGACGCAAAGCCCAACAGUACCUUGACAUGUGCUGGAAACAGAUGGAUAAUAGUAAAAAGAAGUUUGAAAGAGAAUGUAGAGAGGCAGAAAAAGCACAACAGAGUUAUGAAAGAUUGGAUAAUGAUACCAAUGCAACCAAGGCAGAUGUUGAAAAGGCCAAACAACAGUUGAACCUGCGUACACAUAUGGCUGAUGAGAAUAAAAAUGAAUAUGCGGCACAGUUACAGAACUUCAAUGGAGAACAACACAAACAUUUCUAUGUAGUCAUUCCUCAGAUUUACAAGCAACUACAAGAAAUGGAUGAACGAAGGACGAUUAAACUGAGUGAGUGUUACAGAGGAUUUGCCGACUCAGAACGCAAGGUUAUUCCCAUCAUCUCAAAAUGUUUGGAAGGAAUGAUUCUUGCAGCGAAAUCAGUUGAUGAAAGAAGAGACUCUCAAAUGGUGGUAGAUUCGUUCAAGUCUGGUUUUGAGCCUCCAGGAGACUUUCCGUUUGAAGAUUACAGCCAGCACAUUUACAGAACCAUUUCUGACGGGACGAUCAGUGCACCCAGACAGGAGAGUGGGAAGGUAGAUGCCAGAACCACAGUAGGAAAGGCCAAGGGCAAAUUGUGGCUCUUUGGAAAGAAGCCAAAGCCACAGUCCCCACCCUUAACCCCUACUAGUUUAUUCACAUCCAGUACUCCUAAUGGGUCCCAGUUUCUCACAUUCUCCAUUGAGCCCGUGCAUUAUUGUAUGAAUGAAAUAAAAACAGGGAAGCCCAGAAUUCCUUCUUUCAGAAGCCUCAAAAGAGGGUGGUCGGUGAAGAUGGGCCCAGCACUAGAAGAUUUUAGUCAUCUGCCACCAGAACAGAGACGUAAAAAACUUCAGCAGCGCAUUGAUGAACUUAACAGGGAACUACAGAAAGAAUCAGACCAAAAAGAUGCACUCAACAAAAUGAAAGAUGUAUAUGAGAAAAAUCCACAAAUGGGGGAUCCAGGGAGUUUGCAGCCUAAAUUAGCAGAGACAAUGAAUAAUAUUGACCGCCUGCGAAUGGAAAUCCACAAGAAUGAGGCAUGGCUCUCUGAAGUUGAAGGCAAAACAGGUGGUAGAGGAGACAGAAGACAUAGCAGUGAUAUAAAUCAUCUUGUAACACAGGGACGAGAAAGUCCUGAGGGAAGUUACACUGAUGAUGCCAAUCAAGAAGUUCGUGGGCCACCCCAACAGCAUAGUCAUCACAGUGAGUUUGAUGAUGAAUUUGAGGAUGAUGAUCCUUUGCCUGCUAUUGGACACUGCAAAGCCAUCUAUCCUUUUGAUGGACAUAAUGAAGGUACUCUGGCAAUGAAAGAAGGUGAAGUUCUAUACAUUAUUGAGGAGGACAAAGGUGAUGGAUGGACAAGAGCCCGGAGACAGAAUGGUGAAGAAGGCUACGUUCCCACAUCAUACAUAGAUGUAACUCUAGAGAAAAACAGUAAAGGUGCAGUAACUUAUAUCUAAACUAAUCAGAGAGUUUUGUGCCCUAAGAACAGUAACAUAAAAAACACAUUCAACAGGUCAGAAAAAAUAAGAAAACUUAAAAUGGCAUCCCAGUUUAUUGUUCACUAUGUGAGCUGAGUACAAGCUUGGUCUUAAAGGUAUGAAUAUUGCCACAAGUAACUGUUGCUGUGACGCCUUAUCAUUUGAGUAAUGUUGGUGUGAAACUUAAUUGAUGCCUUUUGCUUUAUGUCCUGCUUGAGUCUGUGUGAAGAAUUUGUGUUUUUCUGCCUUAUAAAUAAAAGAACUUGAUUAUUGGGCAGGAAUCCAUAAGUAGAAUGUUCCCUCAUCCCCUUUAUGUCAGAAAACAGUGACUGUGUGAAUUUAAAUAAGUAAAACUGCUCUGAAAAGUUAUAGAAAGCUGUCUCCCAAAAGAGUGGUUCAGGGCCAGCAGUGUAGCUCAGUGGCAUGGUGCCUGCCGGGCAAGCAUGAGGUCCUGAGUUCAGUUCCUGGUACCAAAAAAAAAAGAGAGUGGUUUGUUCUAGGAGUUACAAUUUGUAACUUCAAUUUCUAGGAAGCAAAAGUUGAAUAACUGGGUAAAAAACAAUAAUACAGUGGUUUUCAUUUCCCUCCUUACUCUUUGGUUUUCUAAAGGAAGAAAAUAAGUACUUAGUGCAAACUCUAUUUAAGUAGUAGGCUAAUCAAGAAAUCUACAAAGUCAUCUGAUCCAGCUCUUAUGUGAAUAAAUAGCUUUAUUUUGAGACUUGAAAAGUUUUUUCAGGCUUACUUGUAAUUUUCAGUAAGGUAUAAACUUCCUUCCAAAUGAAACUCAUGCUUAUAUUUUUUAUCUUGAAAAUGUCUUUUGGGACUAUCAUUUUAGUAACUAUUUAGUAGUUACACAUAAGAAAAUAGAUUCUAAAUCAAUGAAGGCUGAGGAAAUCUUGAAUGGAGGGGAAGAUCUUCCAAGUAUUACUUAGAAGACAAACAGUUGUUUUGACUGAGUAGAAGGAAGAUAUCUAUACAACCAUUUUGUGCCUAAUUUAGCUGGAUCAUCAGUUAUUAGGACACAUUAUUUUUCCAUUUAAUUUCAGUAAGCAUUUAUUGGAAACACUGUACAGUCAAAGACCAUGCAGCAUUGGUUGUGUAAUCACUGAGUUAGUUGUGUGGGGAAGUAAAGGGAGAUUUUAGAGACAUUUGGGGCAGAUACUUUAAACUGAACACCACUUUUGGUCUUACCAAAGGUCUUCAGUAAUUGUUCUUUUCUUUUUCCUCCUGGACUGCAGGUUCCUGAAGAGGGUUUCUGAGGAAAUGGGCAAGAUGUUGAAGGAGGUUACAUGCAGCUGCUUUUGGGGGGAGGGUAUUAGAGUGGUCAGGCUCAAAGAGAGAGCGAGAGAGCAAGUUGCAUGAGUGCAUGCAGACAUGAUUAUUUUUUACUAACUCCAUUAGCAUUUCCAUACAUUGUUUUAAAAAUCAUAAUUCCAAACCUUAAAUUCCUAGUUCACAAUUAUUCACAUAGAAGAAAGAAAAAAGCCGACAAUGGCUAACCCUUUUUCCACUUAUUUUACUGAUGUCCAAGUCAGAAAGAGUGCAGAGCUGUCAUAUAAACUUUGUCUUCUGCUUGGCUGUCCCAACAGCACCGUCUCUACCCAGCUCUGUUUCAGUUGGUGUUUAGACCAUUGUCUGUUAGAAUCCUUGCCAUUUGUCAGUGUCUGCCUGCGCCACCUCCGUGCUUGCUUAACAUCCUGUUGCAUGUCUAGAGUGAUUGGACUUAGAUUUUUCAGGCAUGUCUUUAUAAUCCCUUGUUCUUGUCAAAACCUUUGUUUUGUUUUACAUUUGUAGUACAAAUCACUUUGUCCAACAUCUCUAGCACUAAUAUUUCCAUAUUAGUAUUUGUGUAUGCUGCUGUAACUUCCCCACUGCAAACAUUCCAGUUUUGGCAUUAUGAAGACAUAGUCUGUGAACCUGAAAUGUUGAUGAUAAGAAAAAGAAAACAUCUCUGCUCUAGCCUACUGCCCAGUUGAAAGAACUCUUUGAAACGUGAUACAUCUUCAACAUCUUUCUGGGAAGAAUCUAAUAGUUAGCACUGAAGUCCUGGCAUAAUAAAUACAGAAGAUACUCACCACCUCAAGACAAAGGACUGUUGUCAGAAGUCAGCUGCUUCCAUUCAAAUGCUGCCUUAAACUAGAGUGCCUAAAUCUGUUGAUUGCCAACACUACCACUACAGUAUCCCACAAAGGGCUUUGGUGUCAGCUCAGUGCGACCUCCUUUAACUCUGCAGCACUGCUGCAGCUGCUGAUGUAGCCUCGGUAGGUGGCUUUUAGAGCUCUACCAUGUACAAAUGGUGCAUCUUCAAAUUUAUGCAUCAAACUAAAGACAUGUCCCUGUCCAUUUUACUUUACUCAGUGUUUUAUGAGAAGUUUUAUGGACCUCCCCCAUUGUCUUUUAAUUUAGGGUUAUGAUGAACUCAUUUGAUUAUUAUGACGAUAGUCUCUUUCCAAGUGAUGCUUUUGUUUGAACCAGAUAAAAUUUAGUGAAACUUCGUAAUGAUCUAUGUGCACUUUUACUUGUAAAGUGGGAAUUUCUGUAUGUUUAUACUUGUAAAUAUAAUUGUCGUUAGUGCUCCUAUUGCUCAUGUUGUCCUUGCCUCACAUUUGUGAUUUUGUUCAUGACUUGUAUCUGAACUAAUUUCUUAGUGGUGUUGUAAUAGGGAUGUGGGUUGGGUGGGGGGUUAUUUGUACCACUAAAACUUCUUAAUUUGGUUCUUUACUGUUUUGAGGGGAGAAAGAGAACGUGAAAUGGUUUGUGUAUUAUUGGAUUUUAAGCAAUAUUUUAGAAGCUGUGUGGCUGUUUUAAUACUUUUUCCCAGUGUUAUUUGAAUCAUACAAGUUAUACUAAAGCUAAAUGACAAUUGUGUGAAAGUUAAUGCUUUCGUAAGAGCAAGUACACCACUGUUACACACCUGACUUAUAGUGUAUUACCUUUGAGGCUAGCAAACUAUAAAGUUUAGAUAUUGAAUCUCGUUACAGGGUUAUUUAUAUAAUGUGAUAUUAUUCAAUACUGACAUACUACAUGGAGUAGUUUUAAAAUCUAGUGCUAUUUUUAUUUUAAAGAUUAGCAAUGAGAAGGAAAUGUGAUUUGGCUAUGUUUGUCUUCUGUACAAAGCCUGAAGUGCUUAUGUUUUUUUGGCUAGCAGCCAGAGAGGGCAAAGUUUAAGGCUUUCUUGUAAGGACUAACUGUUCUUUUCAAGCUACUGUUUGUUUUUCUAAAAGCAGGACUUGCUUCCGUAGGAGGCAAGUUCCUUCAUGUGGAAUAGUGAAACCUGUAUUUGGGUUAUUACAAUAUUAAAGACAUUUGUACUUGCACAUUCUUAAAUCAUUCUUAAAUUUUGAACAUGUGAAUUGUCCAAAAGAAAUCAAUUUUUCAGUAAUUUUUACUCUUUGUGCACAUGUUGAUUUCUUAAUGGUAUAGGCUUUGUUAAAGAUAGUGUUCUCUCUUGAGAAUAUUUUCAUGGAAUAAAACAAUCUUUUCAUGGUCAGUUAAGGUGUAUAUCUCUUACUGCUGUGUCAACCAAAGAGAUAUGAUGAUUUUGUUCUUGAAUACGCUAAAUUUCAGAUAAUACAAAUACAGGUAAGUUCCUGAAGUGGGGCAAGCUUUCUGGAAAGCAGUUUAAGAAAUUUUAUUCUGGUUUUAGUGUUUCUCAAGCUUUCAUAAAGGAAAGAAUAAAUAUUUCUUUAGAGUGAAUUUAAAUUGCAUGUAAUAAUUUGGGUUUAUCUUUGUUCAAUAAUAGCCGUAUUGCACAGGCUGUCUUUUUCUACUGUUUUAUCCUCUACACCCAUAAGAGCUGCCCCUGUACCAUCUCGCCCAACCUAGCCACCACAUGCUAGCCAGUGUUUCCUGUGUUUCUGCUUGGUUCCUGUUCAGUUAGGGAGGAUACCUGCGCUUCCUGGUAUCUCAGAGCAUGGAAAGGAAACAUUUACCAUAAUUAGUGACACAUUAUGUAAGAUUUAGGAAGUCUAAUUUCAGAAGAGUUCACCUUUUAAAAAAGGCAAAUGUGAAACUAACACUGCAGACUUUUAGAAUUCCAAAAGGAAAAAAAAACUAAUGAUAGAUCGUGAACAAUGAAAGGUUGCAAUUGUUGAGAUGAAAAUUUAUUGAUCAGUGCCAAACUUAGAACUAGGGACACAGAGAACGGUGAAAGUGGGAAAAGUGUCAAAUGUUAUAGUUUCAGAUGAACAGAAGUUCGGAAGAGAAAAGUUCAAGACAAUGAAAAAGACUUUUAACCCAUUUAUGCCAAGGGUUGCGGUUUUUUAAAUGAAAUUCAUAUAUGUUACCUAGAAAAUUUCAAGGAACAAGAAUUUGAAGAGAAAAAUUUUUACUGUUUUCUAUUGUUAUGUGCCAUUCCAAAAAUGGAACACUAGGCCUAAGAGGAUUAACUGUCUAUACUAGGAUCAGCAAAGUCAAAUUCUGUUUGCUAGGGAAAGAUAAAGGCCUUAUAACAAUAUUAACAAAAGGAAAAGGAAUUCAGGCUUGUGGAAAAAGAUGAUCACUGUCAGAGUGAGGAACACUAUAGAACAUAUAAAAGAUGCAAAAUAUUUGGGAAUAGGUGAAAAGAAAUUUUGGAGAGUAAAUUCUGAGAAAUUUGAUGACAACCAUUAAAUGUACUAGACAAUGUUUAGCAUUUGGAGGAAAUGUUAAUGGACAGCGAGCUAGUCUCUGUUCCUAAGAAUAAGUCCUAUCAAUUUAACCUCAUUCCUUUCUUUAGAUAUAAAUGAAGAUAUCUAAGGCAUACUUCAUGUCUUCAUUUCAACAGUUUUAGUUUGAGAGAAUUUCUCACUCAUUUUCAUAAGCUGGUGACAGCUUUGUGUGGAGAAUGGUAGGGGGUUGUGAUAAGCUGAUUUUAUUUAAUAAACUCAGACUGUCAACCAUGAGAUGAG